AUGUCCGCCAAAAGAUCAACCGCACAUACAAUCAGGAACGUAUUCCACGCAAUCAGACUCACGGGAAGGUCCAAGCUUCAAUCACCUAUCCACAACUCCUUACGCUGCCUACGCCCCUUUUCGUCAACGAGCUGCCACAGAGCGCGUGGCACGGAGUACCUCCAAAACCAUGAUCCGGACUUGACCGACACGCAACGAACGGUCCGUGAAUCCAUUGCGAAGAUAUGCUCCAAAUUCGGCGAUGACUAUUGGCUGAGGGCCGACGCAGAGCACCGCUUCCCCGUGGAAUUCCACCAAGCCAUCGCCCAGACGGGCUGGUUGGGCAUAUGCAUGCCCUCGGAAUAUGGAGGUUCAGAUCUGGGCAUCUCGGAAGCAAGCGUCAUGAUGCAGACGAUUUCUGAAUCAGGGGCCGGGUACGCCGGGGCGAGUGCCGUCCAUAUGAAUAUCUUCGGGUUAGAGCCCGUCCGGAAAUUCGGAACCCAAGAGCAGAAGCGACGAAUGUUAACGCCACUGAUCGAGGGCAAGGAGAGGGCUUGUUUUGGCGUGACGGAGCCGAAUACAGGACUGGAUACUCUGAGAUUGCAAUCGGCCGCUGUGAAGGAUGGGGAUGCGUACAGGCUGAGUGGGCAGAAGAUCUGGAUCUCCACGGCACAGGUCGCAGAGAAGAUACUUAUCUUGGUUAGAACCACGCCGUUGGAGGAGGUGAAGAAGCCGAGUCAGGGGCUGAGCCUAUUUUACACGGAUCUCAAUAGGGCGCAGGUCGAAGUUCAAGAAAUUCCAAAGAUGGGACGGGCGGCCGUGGACUCGAACACGUUAUUCUUCGACGGGUGGGAGGUACCGCGGGAGGACCUGAUUGGCGAGGAGGGCAAUGGAUUCAAGAUGAUCAUGCAUGGAAUGAAUGCUGAAAGAAUCUUGAUUGCCGCUGAAGCACUGGGGAUAGGAUUCGCGGCCUUGAGGAGAGCCGCGCUAUAUGCUGGGGAGAGAAAAGUGUUUGGGAGGCCGAUUGGGCAGAACCAGGCUAUCCAGCACCCUUUGGCGGAGAGCUGGAUGGAGCUUGAAGCCGCUAGGCUGGUCAUCUAUCAGGCUGCCCGCAUGUAUGAUGCUGGGUAUGAGACGGGCGAAUAUGCCAAUGCCGCGAAAUAUUUGGCUGCCGAGGCGGCUUUUCGAGCUUGUGAAAGGGCGGUCAUGACGCACGGCGGGAUGGGUUAUGCAAAGGAGUACCACGUCGAGAGGUAUCUGCGGGAGAUUAUGAUACCACGGAUUGCUCCUGUCAGCAGAGAGAUGAUCAAGAAUUAUAUUGGAGAGAAGGUGCUCGGACUGCCACGGUCAUAUUGA